GCCGGAAGUCGCAACCAUUUUAGUACCCUCUCCAUGCGGAGGGCCACCAGUGCAGCAGCAAGUAACGCGUUUCGUCUGCCAUGGAACGGUGCCAGGACAGCGAAACAAGCGAUGUCCAUGCCGCUGUUUCGAGGCCUCGUGGACAUGCAAUUGUUAUGGAAGACGAGCUGAAAAAUGGUUGAAGACUUUUUGUUCUAUGAAGAUACGAGUCUGCACUUCAAUGAUGCAUAGGUAUAGGUAAGAACAGGCAGCAGUAGCAAUGACGAUUUCACUUUCACUCGCUGAUCUGCAAAAGGCGUGAUCACGGUCCUAAAAAUAGUAUCUAAGCUUACGGUCAUCCUUGGAGCGCGCACGAGAGUGUGCUUUCAGUCGUCUCGCGAGAGAACCGAGCUCUCCUAGGACGUGAGUGGGUCUGCGGCGGCCUGCGGGUCGAGUGCGUUGAAAUAGCGGAGGAAACCCGCAGCAAGUGGGCGUCACAAGCGGCAGAGCAAGUCGCGAUGGGGCAGCUCACAGGUGAGGAAGCCAAGCAGAUCGCCGCGAGCUUCACCGAACGACUCUUAUGGGGACCUCGUCUGUCUAACUACUUGUCUAGUACUUGCAUUUGAUGUAUUUGUUCAACUGCGAGCUUCGACUCCUUCGAGGGACUUGCUUCCUUUGGGUUCUUUAAAGUACUAGAAUCAUUUGAUAUAAAUAUAUAUUUAGAUCAUAGUAGGUGCAAUACUCUAUUUAGUUUUUACCUGUAUAGGCUUAGCCCUUCCAACAAUAAUACAGUAGGCGCAAUGCAUAUGCAUCAUGACCAAAAAAUGGCCUUUUCUAAAGGUGAAACUCUCGAGAGUGGCAGAGGCACGCAUGCACGAGGCGGUGGACGACCUGGAAACGCAGAUUGAAGCGCCGCCAAAACUAAUGAAAGUAGUGUACCCGAAACAGGGCAUAGCGUACCGAACGGCACCGAAGUUUGAGGCGAGAAGCUCGCUCACUGCGAAGGUGGGCGACGUCGUAGAGGGCAGAGUCUACACGAAGUGGCUGAAGCUGCAGCUUCCAGGGGGUUUUGGACAGGAUGCUGAUACUAGGGGAGGUUCUUGUGGUGUUGAUCCUGAGGGCGCCGGCGGCGAGACCGGAGAAAACUGCACCAGUAAGGCUUUUUACUUCCUACCACUGUAUUCGCAAGACGGCAGUAAGAUCAUCCUCGAGGAAGUACCGCGGAUGCCACCACAGUUGCGUCACGAGUACACGGCUGAGGUCGAAGAGGGCGUCGUUGUGGACGAAGUGAGACUGAGCCGGGACUUUGCAUCCUCAUCUUCCUCGCGUCCACCUUCUAUUAAGGGAACCUGCACUAGCAUCCUUGGCCUUUACCUUUCUAGUACAAAAGGGGCCAGGGAGGUUGUGAGAAGAGAUAUCUGGUAAGUAUUCUGUAACCUCACAUCUAACACCAGUAAUGCUCCAAGCGCGACAGCGACGAAGAGACGAGUGAAAACAAGCACAAGAACAGCUGCAGUUGGAGGUGGACAACUCGGAAGUAGUCAGCAGCUUAAUUUAUCUUCUCGCUCUUUUAACAGGAAUGAGCAAGGAAAUGCUGAGCCCCACUCGUUCUCAGCAGCUGGCAGCCCUCCACAUCAACUGUAUGAGGGAACGCACUGCGCCUCGAGAUCCGAAGCAGAUCCCUCCUCUAACGACACAAGUCGCAUCCCGAGUGGCGUCAGCACGGUUAGCUCACUCAGAGUAGUUCGCGAUGGACAUCCACGCCGCGGCGAACAGGGAGCCGCGAGUGAAUCUUCUGCGCCGGCGAUUUCCUGUGCUGCAAGUCCGUCGACGAUAUCUCCUCCCAGUUGCAGUACCAGCGCAGGACCACCAGGAGGAGCCAUGCCAACUUCGUCUGUCAGAGGAGCGAAC